AUGCAGCAAGACAAAGAAAAUAUAGUAACCAACAUAAAUAAUAAUACAAAUUCAGAACACAACAACAACACAUAUGAUCCAACUACAAAUACAGAACUAAAAACAAGACUAAGACCAAAUAGUCAGCCACAGUUUACUUAUAGCCAAGCA